AGAGUCUCUUCCCGACUCUUUCCAGACUCAGUCAAGGAGAAGCGCUCUCGGCAAGCGAAUUGCUGUCCUCCAAAACACAAACCAGGAUAGGUUGAACGGGCCAAAAGGAAACACGUUGCAUCAUUUUUUGAUUACCAGAAGAAAAGAAAAAAAAGUCUUUUCAAAAAUGGAUAAAUGACCCAUCUCCUGAAGCAAAGCGGCCAGCCUACUUUCUGAUCUUUGACUGAACUUAAGACUUGUCUCCAAAGAAAUUUUCGUGCCCUCAAUGGCAAGUUUCCCAAACUACCAUUCGAUCCUUUUCUUCUUGUUUGUGUGCCUGGACCACCUGAUCCUUGCCCAGAAUGAACAAAAUUCCAGCACUGAGUCUCUUAUUCAGCUCCGAUUGGCAGGAGACAAAAGGAAGCACAACGAAGGGCGAGUGGAAAUCUACUAUAACAACCAAUGGGGCACCAUUUGUGAUGACGAUUUCUCCAUGCAACCGGCCCAUUUGAUCUGCAGGCAAUUGGGCUAUGUGGAAGCUAUAUCCUGGUUCCCAGGCUCCAAAUAUGGAAAAGGAGAAGGCCCCAUCUGGUUAGACAACCUCUACUGCACGGGCAGAGAGACAUCGAUAGCUCAGUGUACCUCCAACGGAUGGGGUGUGUCAGACUGCAAGCACACCGAGGAUGUGAGUGUGGUCUGCAGUGAAAAAAGGAUACCUGGCUUCCGGUUUGAGGACCCUCUGCUCAAUCAAAUAGAGAACACAAACAUCAAAGUGGAAGAUGUCCGAAUACGAGCUGUCUUUUCAGCCUCUCGCAAACGCAUCCCUGUAACGGAGGGUUACGUGGAGAUCAAAGAAGGUGGCACUUGGAAGCAGAUCUGCGACAAAAACUGGAGCACCAAAAACUCCCGUGUUGUUUGCGGCAUGUUUGGCUUUCCAACAGAGAAGAAAUACAACAUCAGGGCCUACAAGACAUCAGCAAGCAAAAGAAAGCAUAAAUACUGGGCUUAUUCUGUGAAUUGCAAAGGCACCGAAUCACAUCUCUUUAGUUGCAAAAUGGGUGAUCGGAUUGUGACACUUGGUGGGAACGUUACCUGUGAGAAUGGGAUGCCUGCAGUGGUAAGCUGCAGCCCUGGACUAGCCUUCUCCCCUGGCAGCCACAGUGGCUUCGGCAAAGCUUUCCGUGUUCAGCACCUUCUGGUGAGGCUAAAGGGUGGAGCCCAGGUUGGAGAAGGCCGCCUUGAAGUGUUGAUGAAUGGGGAGUGGGGAACCAUUUGUGAUGACGGGUGGGACUUACGUCACGCCAGCGUGGCCUGCCGAGAAUUGGGCUUCGGAACCGCCAAGGAGGCUAUCUUGGGUGCAAGACUUGGACAAGGCAUUGGUCCCAUCCAUCUCAACGAAGUGGACUGCACAGGGUUUGAAAAGUCUAUUACAGACUGUAAAUUCAGCAAGGAGAUCAGGAGCUGCACCCAUGAAGAAGAUGCUGGUGUGAGAUGCAACAUCCCAGCAAUGGGCUUCCAAAACCAGGUACGCUUGAGUGGUGGCCGCACUCCUUACGAAGGCCGUGUGGAAGUUCUCCAGGAGCGCAAUGGCACGCUCAUAUGGGGGUCCAUCUGUGGUGAAGGAUGGGAUAUAAUGGACGCCAUGGUGGUUUGUCGCCAGCUGAACCUUGGCUAUGCUAGCCAUGCAUUCCAGGAAACCUGGUACUGGUAUGGAGACACUGGUGCAGACAAUGUGGUCAUGAGUGGGAUGAAGUGCUCUGGGACAGAAAUGGCUUUGUUCCACUGUCCUCAUGAUGCCAAGGUCACCUGUCCCAAGGGAGGUGGACGCUAUGCAGCUGGUGUUUCCUGUACAGAAACUGCGGCGGAUCUGGUUCUCAAUGCCAAGGAGGUGGAACACACAUCCUAUCUGGAGGAUCGCCCCAUGCAUGUGCUGCAGUGCGCCAUGGAGGAGAAUUGCCUGGCCUCCUCCGCGGUCAAUACCUCGGUGUCCACUGGUCAAAGGAGACUCUUCCGUUUCUCCUCCCAGAUCCAUAACAAUGGGCAGGCUGACUUCCGUCCCAAAACGGGCCGCCACGCUUGGAUCUGGCAUGAAUGCCACAGGCAUUACCACAGCAUGGAAGUCUUUGCUCACUAUGAUCUUCUGGAUAGCAACUGGACUCAAGUUGCUGAAGGCCACAAAGCCAGCUUUUGCCUGGAGGACAGUGACUGCCUAGACGGUGUCCAGAAGCAAUACGAGUGUGCAAAUUUUGGGGAGCAAGGGAUUUCUGUGGGAUGCUAUGAUGUGUAUCGGCAUGAUAUUGAUUGCCAGUGGAUCGACGUUACGGAUCUCAAACAAGGAGACUACAUCUUACGGAUCAUUGUUAAUCCAAACUUUGAAGUGGCAGAAUCUGAUUAUUCCAACAAUGUUAUGCUAUGUAACGUCAGGUAUGGAUUACAGCGUGUGUGGGUGUUCAACUGCCAUAUAGCCAACUCUUACUAUGAGCCAGACCAGAAAGAAUAUUUCAGUGGACUUUGGAACAAUCAGGUGUUUUAACUUUAGAUCCUCAUGGCUUUUCCUAUGAUUUCCCUAACCCCUGCUCGGAAAACUGAAGUAUCAAGCAACCAACCAUGAACGCUCAUGUUAGCUCUGUAAGUUAUUUUUCAAGGGUGUUACUCCAAACCUACUUUGCAAUGUUUAGCAGCAGAAGACGCAACAGCAGACUCACAUUUCACACCCGUUCCAAGAGAAGGAAGGUUUUGCACUAGCUGUAUGACUUUGCUUCCCUCCAGGUACUUCAACAAUUGCAAACUCUCAUGCCCCCUUGGUCCACUGAAGGGGCAUCUGACUGAUAACUCAGCAAGGCGGUUUGGUGCUCAGAGUUACCUUUUUUGAGGACUUCUUUUUUCAGCCUUUGUAGUUGGUCUUGCAGACGUUCAAAAACCUGACUCUAUGCCACUGGUGGGAUGUCACCUUUCUUCAUCUUAAUCUGCUCACAUCUCCAAGAACACGGGUGACAUUUGAUGUUGGGAGGGGGAAAAAAAGAUGGAACUGUCAGUAGGGCAAGGAAAAUAUGAUCAUCCUAAGUUCCAUCUUGGUUUUAAAAACCACUAGACUGUGAAUUUUUUGAAACACAGUGAGCUGUUCAUUUGCCCUGCCUUAUCUUCCAAUCCAUGUCUUUUCCACCCAUGUUACCCCACCCUUUUGUCAUCCCAUGAAUAUUAAGAAAUACAUCACGUAUACCAAGUUUUUCCUACGAUAGACCUCUCCCCUAUUCAUUACAGCAAGCUAUUCUACAAUAUCUUUUAAGAAAAAAAAAUGAAUUUCUUAGGACACACUUUACACGGGAGUCCUUGGGGGGAAUUCCAAAAAUCAAGAUGGCUACUCCCAGCUGUGUGAUUGCAGCCAUCUUUACUUUUUGACGACAACCCCUGCAUUAGUAAAUGUACGAUGGUGCUAAGCACAUUUGCCUCUGUUGGUUUGAGGACAUGCAUUACUGCAGAAAACCAUUCCUACUUGAAUAUUCUUUUUUUUUUUAAGUAAAGGCCUUUACCCAGUUUGUAUACAGUACUUUCAAAGGAAAAAACAACCCACGAGGUUCCAAUUUUCUUAUUUUUACUAUCCUAUACAAAAGAGGGAACUGCAAAAUCAAGCUAUAUUUGCCGCAGUGGAUCAGAAUACCAUAUCCAGCAUUUUGUUUCUAAAAUAAUAAUAAUCAGUGAAAUGUUUUUGGAGGCUCAAAAAGGCGAAUGUGGACUUUAUCUAUUGUUUCUUUUAAGCAUCAGUGGCUAAGGGUAGAUUGUCUCUGGCCGUGGAUGUUACUAGGUAUUGCUACAUCAAGACUUUCAACCCAUCAUAUUUGGGGACCAUAACAGAGAAGGAAUUCAAUGUAUCUAAACUGUAAAGAGAAAACAUAAAAUGAUUUAAAGCCUUCCCUUCCUGAAAGCUCAUUCCUUGGCUACUUUACGAAAGAAAAAAUAAAUAAAUAAAUGGGUAACCGGAGAGGUGAACCACAUUAUCGACGAGUCUCGUCCAUUACUGUGGAUUUAUGCAAACCAAGUUCACACAUCAGUUCUUGAUCAGGGACACGGUGAAUUUUUUUUUUAAUAGCCAUCCACUCCCUUUUUCUUGCUCGCUCGCUGAUUCUUGCUUGUCAAAUGAGAACUAGUUCAGACACGUUGGUUGGGAGGAUAAGCUAAGAGGAUUUUAAAACUGUAUUUUGCACAGGUAUAAGUGUUGUAUGAAUAAACUGAGAUUAUGCUGA